AUCUGCGGUGCCGGAGUUGUGAAAGGGUUCGAAGGGAAGCAGCAGUUUCAGCUUCUCGGCGGCGGUGCUAACUCUGUCGCCGGCGGCUACACAAAAGGAGACGACCUUGGUGCUGAAAUCGUCGGCACUUUCGUCCUUGUCUACACCGUGUUCUCUGCCACCGACGCCAAUCAGCAGGGCAGUAUUCGAAACGACACCGCGUUGCAGCUGAUGUACAAAAUCGAUGUCGCCGGGCAAGGUAUCUCUCCCGACGGCGGCACUGGGAUGUAUCGGCAAUGGAGCCCCGACGAUAAAUACCUCAACAUCGAUCCUCCUCCGAGCUCUGUUUACUACAAUGACUCGGUUCCCCUGAACUCCAUUUACAGUAACGACUCGAUUCAGCUGCAGUACAGAAACGAGAUCCAUAAGCUCGUCGCGCCGGCGACCGUUUACAGAACUGCCCGGGCGAUGUCGAACAUCAGCGAAUUGAACCUGCAGUACAAUCUCACAUGGAGUUUCCCCGUCGAUCCUUCGUUUACAUACUUUGUUCGGCCCCAUUUUUGUGAGAUUCAGCCACCUAUCAAUGGCCGGGAUAACAGGGCUUUCUGGAUCUACAUCGCAAAUCGAACCACCGGGUCUUAUACGGAUGUGAUUCAAGAAGUCGCGGGAAUGGAUUCACCAUGUUCAAAGACUACUUGGUGA